UCAACCACCUUGUCUAAACUACAAACCUGUAUUUGUUUGGCUUUGGCCACAGGCGCUGAAAGUGACAUUUGCUUUGAACACGAGCGUGACCGUUUCUCAACUGAACUGACAGGUGGGCGGGGUCUGUCCUGCUCUUCCUGCAUCCUAUUGGUUACUGCAAUGCAAAUUACAUGCGCUCUGGAAAGGUUUUGGGAACCUGAUUGGGCCGCAGCAUGUCAGUCACUUCAGGUGACGUCAUUAUGAAGUUAGAUACAAGGCACACACGUGUGAGCUACUAGUGCUAUGAAAGUUUAUCAGAAUUUCACAAAUCAAUUGAAGGAUGGAUUUAAAAAAAAAAAUGAAAUUUCGUUUUUUUUUACACUUUGGACUCGUUGAAGGGGCUCAGUUCUUUUGGAGUAAAACGAACUAAUAAUAAAGGGAUCAUUUACAUUAACGUUUAUAACAUAAUUAUUUAAAAAAAAAAAAAAAAAAAUCUCACUAAUCUAAUUCUCAGACUAACACUUUACAUAACGACAACGAGCUUUACAUAUGCGCCAGGGUUUUUAGUGAGCGGCGCGUGCGAACUCUAAACCACUUUUGAUGCUCUCGAGCUCCAAACUCUGCCUUAUUUUUUGAUGGCAAGACCGAAUAAUGCCAGUCUAGCAUGGCUGUCUCUCCAACUCAUGCCACCCGUGGACCGACAUGGCAUUUAGCCGCGUCUUUUCGGACCCUCCGUCCAAGAGCAUCUUUAAGACCUUCGCGGUCAUGCUGCUGUCUAUACUUGCGUCUCUAUAUUUUCUCCACUGCCUCACGGAUCGAUGCGGGACCUGUAUACCCACGGAGAGAAGAGAUGCGGGUCCGGUGGAGGGAUUUUACGAAUCGAAACUUAAAGAUUUAGGGUCGCUGAGGAGAAAGAGACUUCUUCAGAAAUGGACCUCCACGAGACCUCUGGUGAUGAGGCACCACAGCUUAAUCCACCGGCUCGAAAGUGACAGUGAAGAGGAUUUACCUGAAAUUGAGGCAGAUAAACACAUUUUGCAGUCAAACGUACAGCUGUCAAACUCUUUGGAUGUAGAUUUGGAGACGGGGGGCUCGUAUUUUGAUACAGGUAAACUGAGUUCGUUAGGUGAGGGCAGUAAGAAGCUGCCUCAGGCGAUCAUCAUCGGUGUGAAAAAAGGCGGGACGCGCGCGUUGUUGGAGUUUCUGCGCGUGCAUCCAGAUAUUCGCGCGGUCGGAGCGGAGCCGCACUUCUUCGACCGUAACUAUGACAACGGACUGGACUGGUACAGAGACCUGAUGCCAAAGACCCUGGAGGGCCAGAUCACCAUGGAGAAAACACCAAGCUACUUUGUGACCCGUGAGGCUCCGGCCCGGAUCUGCGCCAUGUCCCGCGACACCAAGCUAAUCGUGGUGGUCCGGGACCCCGUCACACGAGCCAUCUCUGACUACACACAGACGCUGUCCAAGAAGCCUGACAUUCCUACUUUUGAGAGCCUGACGUUCAAAAACAGGACUACAGGGUUGAUCGACACCUCGUGGAGCGCCAUUCAGAUCGGCAUCUACGCCAAACACCUGGACAACUGGCUGCAGUUCUUCCCCAUGAGCCAGAUCCUGUUCGUGAGCGGAGAGCGGCUGAUCAGCGACCCGGCUGGAGAGCUGGGCCGCGUGCAGGACUUCUUGGGGCUCAAGAGGAUCAUAACAGACAAACACUUCUACUUCAACCAGACCAAGGGCUUCCCUUGUCUCAAAAAGGCAGAGGGCAGCAGCAAGCCCCAUUGCCUGGGUAAAACCAAAGGGCGGACCCACCCAAACAUCGACCCUGAGGUCGUGCAGAGACUUCGAGACUUCUACAGGCCUUUCAACAUGAAGUUCUACCAGAUGACAGGCAGGAAAUUUGGAUGGGAUGACUAACAUUAGACCGUGAGAUAGACCCUGAGUGUUGAAAAAAGGAGAAACAACCUUACUGUGACCUCACCAGCAACUAUGAUAACAGUUCUUGUCUCUGAAAAAAAAAAAAAAAAAAUUGGUCCAAUCUGGCUAUGGAAAAACUGGAGCAAAAGUGUGGAGAAAAGUCCACAUCCAACUCAAGUUAGGUACAGAACACUAUGAACAAAUGUCAAAAACAAGAGUAAAUGUCCUCACACUGCUAUUACUGUUCCAGAUUCUAUUUAAUUUCAGAUUCCAGAUUCAAAUUUUGACCUCUUACAUCCUCAUCAGGCAACAAUAUACAGACAAAAAGAGGGUUAAACAUUGCCUUUGUUGAUUAAAAUAGUGUGGGAAUUUAUUUAUUUUUUACCAUAUUUGUAAUUUCAACAGCCGCAUACUGUACCGUAAGAGUACCUAAGAGAGACAGCUGAAAGCUGAAAAGAUCCCUCUAGAACUAUGCAUUUGGAUGUUGAACUGUGAAUUAUCCACUGUGUCUGGAAGUUGGAGAUCAGAUUAGUCCUUCUGCCAUAUUUAAUGUAGAAAAACAAUAGCUGCUUAUAUACCUUUGCAAUUAUUUGGAAGAAAAUAUCAAAACAAUAAAAACAUGUAUUUUUUUUAAAUGUAUUUAUUUAAAGAAAUAUACAUAUACAGUUUACAUGUUUUGAAUAAUCUUCACUAAACACCUCCCUUCACUUUUUUUUGCAUGUGGAGGGUGGGUGAUUUCUUUUGUAUUUCGGACCAUAUAACACAAUGCCUUUUCUAAAACUUUUAAUGUGGUCUAAAAAAAAGUGCACAUUUAAAUGUUUACCAUCCAGUUCACUAAGACUGCUUUUUUUAUAUUUACUGAAAGAUAUUUGAGUUAUGAAACAAUGUUAUCUCAAAAAUAUUUCUUGUGUCAAUGGAUCAAAGACAACAAAAUGGCUGCCAAUGUGGUAAACAUGCAGAAUGCAAUGUCAUUUCCCCCAGGUUUGGGUUUUUGGUUUCAGAGAACAAACAAAUGCUUGUUCAAAUUGUGAUUUGACUGGAUGGCAAGCUUUUAAGAGUCCAUUUAGAGCUGUGUGUAUGAAGUGAAUGUGUGUGAAAGAGAAAGACACUGUUACAAAGCAGCAGUGCCUCUAAGACACUAAAUGGUGUUUUUUUUUUUUUUAUUUAAAGGUGAUAUGUGUAAUUUUUCAAUGUUAAAAUGCUUUAAAUUACCUUUUAAAAAGCCAUCCAUAGUUUUGGGUGAGUGUACCUGUUCAGAAACUUAAAAACAGUCAUUAUUUUUUGCAUUUCCAUUUGGCGGAGCAGAAAUUACACACAUCACCUUUAAGUUCAGAGGGAGUGAAUUAAUUUUUUCCUUUGCAACAUUAUCAGUGACAUUAUGCUUUUAUAGUUAUGUUUAUUUAAUUUGAAUAAUGGAUUUUAUAAAGCACACUUUUAAUAAAAAAACAUUUUUAAAAAUA